AUGGCUGUGACCGACAUUCUUCAAAUCAGCGGUUCCUCCAAUGGCUCCUCCACGUCGCCAGUGCCCAAGCGGUUUUGGCUCGUGAGCGUGCCCCGCACUGCGUCCAAUCUGCUGUUGAAGAUUUUGAAUAUCCCUAAGCAGCCACAGCUGCUCAGUAAUCAAAGAAGCGGCUAUUUCUUCUACGAAGCCAUCUCGGCCGCUGCCCAAGAUGGCAUUCUGGGCAAAGAGCCGGGUACUUGGACAAAUGAGGAGAAACAGAGAUACAAGGCCAGUAUUCAGGGAUGUCUGAAGGACCUGGAAGAUUUUUCGACGCGGGCGCAGAAUGAGAACAAAGCCAUGUUUACGAAGGAGCAUGCAUUCUGGAUCUUCAACCCGGCCGCACCAUUUAAGAUGACAACCAGCGAAGCGUAUUCCGAACUCUUCGAAGAAAUUCGACUCGACAUCGGGGAUUCCUACGGCCCGACACGAAGCUACUCCAAGUCCAACGACACUUUCCUGUCAGACGAGUACCUUCGUAGUUGGCAGAUGGCCUUUAUCAUCCGCCACCCAGCCCUGUCCUGGCCGUCCAUGUACCGGGCCUUCACGAAGAUCUCAGAAGCGGGUUUCAUGGACGAAGAUGGAGUGAAGGGCACUAUAUCGACCAACAUGAGCUUCCAUUGGACGCGUAGGCUGUAUGACUGGUGCCUGGAGCAGCCCGAUAUCCCGACUCCACCUCCAGUCGUGGACGCCCACGAUCUCAUUCACAGCCCCGAGGUUGUGCUCAAGCUCUGUGACCAAACUGGGCUGGACAAGGAGUGCCUGCAAUUCAAAUGGGCUAGCAAUAAUAACGGAAAGGCCGACAACUGGACUGCACCCGGCGAGGUUGCCAAUGCCGAGGAGUUGGCUAUGCAUCGGCGGACUGUCAAUAUCAUGCAUGGCACUAUCGAAGCUUCCACAGGCAUUGUCAAGGAUAAGGCACCUGAAACUAUUGAUAUCACCGCGGAAGUCGCGAAGUGGAAGGCCGAGUUCGGUGAGGAGGUUGCCGGAAUAAUUGAGAAGGCCGUCUGGGACUCGAUGCCAGACUACGAGUACCUGAAGGACCGACGUCUCACAGUUUAA